AAAAGGGUUGUUUCGCGCCCACUACAUAUAUGGACAAGGUUUCCCCUUCUCUUGCGGUCUCUCUCUAGGCUUGUUGUCAGAACACUUCAUUGACGGUGUUUUCACCUUGGCUUGGGGGAAACACAAAUCGCCGAAAAAUUAUAAAAUGGCGACGACCUCUUACGAAAAGUCGGGUUACGACCUGGAAUAUCAACCCGAGCCUCUGUCGGUGGGAGAAGGAGAGAAGCAUCGAUCCAUUGUCGUUCCGGACGCAUCGGGUGCCGUCCAUGGUGAAUCGUUUGUCACCGGCAAUACUCUGUACGCCAGGUUGCAACGCCUGGCUGGACGAUUUGGCGUGGAACAACGUGGUAUAGAGCGCGUGCCUGAAGAUGAGAGGACGGACAAGUCUACGUUGAAGGUUGGCACGAUGUGGUGCGCUGCCAACAUGGUGGUUUCGUCGUUCGCGAUCGGUGUCCUCGCGAUUCCCGUCUUUGAUCUCGGCUUCGUCGAUGCCUUUUUGACCAUUCUCUUUUUCAACAUUCUCGGAAUCAUGCCGGUGUGUUUCUUUUCGACGUUUGGGCCCAAGUUUGGCAUGAGACAGAUGAUUCUGUCGAGGUUUUGGUUUGGCUACUACGGCGUCAAGGUCAUCGCCAUCUUCAACUGUCUCGCUUGUUUGGGAUGGUCGAGUGUCAAUGUCAUCGUGGGCUCUCAGCUCCUGCACGCCGUCAACCCCGACGUCCCCGGCUGGGCGGGAAUCAUCAUCAUCGCUGCGUGUACUUUCCUCAUCACCCUCUUCGGGUACAAGGUCGUGCACAUGUACGAGAUGAUUUCUUGGGUGCCUUGCUUCAUCAUCUUCCUCAUCGUGCUCGGCGAAUUCGCGCACCACGGGUCCUUUGAGAACUUGCCCAUGGGCAGUGGAGCGGGCGAGACGGCCAGUAUCUUGUCCUUCGGAGCGUCAGUAUUUGGGUUCGCCACAGGCUGGUCAAGCUAUGCAAGUGAUUAUACCUGCUACCAACCAGUCACGACUUCUCGGACCAGAGUCUUUUUCUACGUCUUCGUCGGCCUCAUCUUCCCCUUGAUGUUCACCGAGACCCUCGGUUUGGCCAUCGCCACCGCGACCGUCAACGACCCGGCAUUUGCGACCGCUUACAAAACCAACGCCGUCGGUGGGCUCUUGCAUCAAGUCCUCGUUCCCCCAUUGGGUGGAUUCGGCAAGUUCUGUCUGGUCAUCCUCGCCCUCAGCAUCGUCGGGAACAACUGCCCCAACAUCUACAGUUUGACCUUCAGUCUCCAGAUCCUCACCCACUACGCCCAGAAGGUGCCGCGUUUCUUGUGGACGUUCGUCGGCACCGUGGUCUACUGCGCCAUCGCCAUCCCCGGUUACAGUCACUUUGAAGCCGUCCUGGAAGAUUUCAUGUUGCUCAUCGGGUAUUGGCUUGCUGUGUACUCGGCCAUUUCACUCCCCGAACACUUCAUCUUCAAGAGGGGCAUCCGUGGAUAUAGUCCCGAACAUUAUGAUCAACCGAAAUAUCUGCCUCCUAGUUUUGCCGCUUUGGGGGCUUUUUGUUUCGGUGUCGUCGGAGCUGUCAUGGGGAUGGCUCAAGUAUGGUACAUCGGUCCGAUAGGCAAAUUGAUCGGAAUCGGAUUCGGUGGUGACAUUGGAUUCGAGUUGGCAUUCAGCUUCGCCGCGACGACGUAUAUCGUGUUUAGGACAUUUGAGAUUCGAUAUUUUCAUCGUUGA